AUGCGAAACAACUACAACACUGGGCAGGCCCGUCCGGAUGUAGACUCUAGUAAGCUUUGGCGUUUGCUGGCUGAACGGUUGAAUGCAGCAGCGGCAGAUACAGGUGGCGCACGGAAGUCUCCAGACAAGUGGUGCAGGUAUUGGGCAGAUAUCAAAUACAAAGCACGUAAAAAGUGUGCAGCAGGCGGUGCUCUGGGAGAUUUAUCUAAUGUAGAGGAGCGAUUACAAAAUAUACUGGGUACACGACCACCUGAUUCGGGAGCGGGCCGCGGCGGCAGCAACUCUGACGAGGAGCGCAAGCCGGCGCUGGACGACGACAUGUACUCGGAAGGGUCGGGCGCGGCGGGGGGCGAGGGCCGCCUCGGCACCGAGGAGCUGCUCGCCGAGGCCGCCAUGCGCAGCGCCCUGGCCGCCGAGAAGCAGGCCGAGGCCGUCACGCAGGCGGUCGACCUGCUGCGCGAUCUCGUGGCCUUGCUGAGGGAGCGCUCGCAGCCCGCCCACGCCCACGCCCACGCCCACGCUGCGCCGCCCACCCACGUGGCGCACGUGGCUCACCCCACGCACGUCGUGCACGCCGCGCCCGACCACUCUAUGGCCGCCAUGCAGCAGCAGCAGCACCACCACCAUCAUCGUCUA